AUGCAUCGACUUUUUGCUGAGUUGGAGCCAUCUGUAACCGUCACCGAGCAAAACCUGGCAGACCGAGUUCGGUAUAUCUUGCGCUCAAAUAUAUUUGAUGACGCCGAACUCGAACGGCUACGACGUGAGGCUGUUCCCUCAUCAAAUGAAAAUGCUACGGCUGAGGAUGCGGUGCCACAAGUUGCAGAACAUCCCGCACACGUAGAUACCGCCGUGAAUACCCCAGUGGUGGCUGAUUCAAAUGAUGAUGGAAUAUUCGCCCAGGAACGAGAAAUAGAGCAAAUGAGGAGUACAUUGGAAGAGGCGAUUAUGGAAACGCGCAGUACGCCUCCGAAAAUCGACCACGACUUCCCCGCCCUACUAGCCUGA